AUGUGUCGGUUCAUGAUCUACAAGGGCCGUGAAAGCAUGGUGCUUUCUGAUUUGCUUACAAAGCCAGCGCAUUCUAUUAUUAAUCAGUCAUUUGAUUCAAGGCUAAGGCUUGAUAUGAGAAACCCCAUUAACGGAGAUGGUUUCGGGGUGGGCUAUUAUUCUUCCUAUGAUAGUCCCGGUAUAUUCAGAGCAAUUACACCAGCAUGGAACAACGUAAAUUUAAAUAAUUUGUCAAAAUGCACUGAGUCAAGACUUGUCUUUGGGCAUGUCCGUGCAUCAACCCAAGGUGUGUUGUCAGAAUCAAAUUGUCAUCCAUUUUCAUACGGAAGAUUGAUGUUUAUGCAUAAUGGUGGGAUCUCAGCAUUUGGAAAGAUGAAGAAAAAGUUGAUUAAUAGUCUAGAAGAUAAGUUUUUUUUGAUGCUUGAAGGUUCAACGGACUCUGAGUGCUGUUUUGCAUUAUUUUUAAACACUCUAUAUAAGAAGGGAUAUGAUCCAGAAGAUGAAUCCGUUAAGUUCACUCAUCAUAUUAUAAAAGAGGCAUUAUUGGUCACUAUAGAGCUUCUUAAGACUUGGCAAAAAGAACUUAGCGAUGAGCCUUCUUUAAUGAAUUUUGCUGUGACUGAUGGGGAAUCAGUUGUUGUUAGUCGCUAUAUUACUUCUAAAACAGAUGAAGCUGCAUCCCUAUAUUUUAGUGCUGGCUCAAAGUUCUUCGAAUAUAAGCCUGGCUUGUUUAAAAUGGAAAGAAUGAACAGAUCUCAGGAUGUAAUAUUCGUCGCCAGUGAGCCUUUGACUUUCGAAAGAGGAGACUGGAUAUGCGUUCCUACAAAUACGGUUUUAACUAUCACCCAAAGCAAUACCGUGUUGAUGCACCCAAUUGAAGACGAAUUUUAUGAUGGUGGAGCUAUAGAGAGAUCUAGUGGAUUGGCUAUGAGUAAGGGUUUAAUUGGAGGUGUCCCUACAAAGAAUAAUGAUUCGAUUCCAGCUGAUUUCACGAUAUCUGAAGUGCAACCUCUUUCAGAAGUGCCACCUUUACAACGAGAAGGCAGGAAAAGCGUAGCAGAAGUAGCAUGA